CCAACAACAUCUACAAAUCGGGGAAGAAACAGCUCUCCAGUUGAAAAGGCAAACCACAGAUUUCUCUCUUCACCUUCUUCAGCAGGCAAAGCGAAAUGGCGGCGAGAAAUGUACUCCUGAAGCACCUCAGGGUGAACGUCAACACUAUGCUGCAAAACCCUAGGUCUGGCGCCGGCGGCCUCUCGCAGCUGAUCAGACGCCACUUCUCCGACGAGGCGAAGGGUUCUUUCCUCGAAAAAUCCGAGGUCGCCGAACGCGUCCUAUCUGUGGUCAAGAAGUUCCAGAAAGUCGAUCCAUCGAAGGUUACACCAAAUGCGCAUUUCCAGAAUGAUCUUGGACUGGAUAGCUUAGACUCUGUGGAAGUUGUGAUGGCUCUUGAAGAAGAAUUUGCUUUCGAGAUACCCGACACCGAAGCAGACAAAAUCAACUCAAUCAAUCUUGCCGUUGACUUUAUUGCAUCUCACCCCCAGGCAAAAUAGUCGAACACCUAUGCUUCCCUUUAUAUUUUCUUCCUUCAUUCUAGCUUAACUAUGUCAUGGCUAGUUUUUUGAUCUGAAUAUUUCUGUUUUGAGAAAAAAAGAAGCAGCUAUUUAUUAAGCUGAAAUAUCGAAGUCUUUCCAUGUUAAAACAUUAUUUCGGGUUAUCGUUUAGAGCACGCAGGUGAUGGUGUGCAAUUCAUCACAUUGAAAUAAAUCUGGAUAUGAUCAAAGAAGUUGAUUUGGAUUUCUAUUUUCCAUGAUUAUUAUUCAUUCUCAUCGUU